GCCCCCACCCCCGCUCCGCCGCGGGCCUCGCCAGCUUAAGUCACAACGAGGUCCGGCCACCUGGGCGCGCCCGGCCGGACGGCUGCGGGGCGGGCGCCGGGUGGCGGCGCUGAGGGCUCGCUGAGAGGAGCUCGGCGGCGUCUGUUGGAGCCGCUCCCUCGGUGGGCCGCCGGCGAGGGCAUGAGCGCCGACUGCCUGUGCCUCAGGAGCGGCGGCGGCGGGAGCGGCGAGGGGAGGAGGCGCCGCGCAGAGGCCACCGUCCAGGGCAGGAGAUGUGCCUGUCCUUAGCGGCACAAGGAGCAGCAUGCACCCCGAUGCCACCGACAGCAGCGGCGCCGGCCUCAACCUCGCGCCGGCCGCAGCCACCGGCGGCCGCCGUGCCCCGAGCGCCCCGGGCGAGCUGCGGCCGGACCCCCGGGAGGACGCGGCGGCACCGGGGGCUCCUGGCGGCGGGAGCUGGCGAGUGCCGGUGGCCGUGGCCGCACUCGCCGCCGUGUGCCUCUCCUGCCUGGGGCCCGGUUGGUGGCAGGCGGCCGGAGGCGCGGGGCCGUGCACCGUCCUGCUCGGGCUCAGCCUCUACACGGGCUGCGCCGCGGCCGCCUUCCUCCUGGGGACCCUGUUCUCCCUCGUCUGCCGGAGCCGGCGAGCCCCGCCGCCCGACUUCGUCGCCGCCUGGAGACGGCUGGCCGCGGCCGCCCGCCGCGCGCCGGGGGAAAACAAGGAGAGCGGCACUUGUUUAUUUGAGUAGCCCAGGUAAUGGGCAUGAAAGCAUUUCCAAGUCAUGCGCUGGUGGGCCUGGCCCUGUUCGUGCUCCCUCAGGAAGCAACACAAGGCCUGUGUAUGGAAACUCACAUGAGUCAGUUCAGUCUAGAAGGGUAGUAAUUUCUCAUAAUAUGGACAAAGCUCUGAAAGAAGUGUUUGACUACAGUUAUAGAGAUUACGUUCUGUCCUGGUAUGGAAAUCUCAGCAGAGAUGAGGGACAGCUUUACCACCUGCUCUUGGAAGACUUUUGGGAAAUUGCCAGACAGCUGCGUCACAGACUGAGCCACGUGGAUGUGGUUAAAGUCAUCUGCAAUGAUGUUGUAAGAACUUUACUCACUCAUUUCUGUGACCUGAAAGCUGCGAAUGCCAGACAUGAAGAACAACCAAGGCCUUUUGUGUUACAUACAUGCUUGAGGAACUCAUAUGAUGAAGUGAGAUUCCUGCAAAUGUGUUCUCGGGUUCUGGUGUUUUGUCUCCUUCCCUCAAAGGAUGUCCAGUCUCUCAGCUUACGUAUAAUGCUUGCAGAAAUACUCACAACAAAAGUCUUGAAGCCAGUAGUGGAUUUACUUAGUAAUCCAGAUUACAUUAACCAGAUGCUACUUGCCCAGUUGGAGCGCAGAGAGCAGAUGAAUGAACAUCACAAGAGAGCCUACACCUAUGCUCCUUCUUAUGAAGAGUUCAUCAAGCUUAUUAAUAGCAACUCUGAUGUUGAGUUCUUGAAGCAACUAAGGUAUCAAAUUGUAGUAGAAAUAAUCCAAGCAACUACAAUUAGCAGCUUUCCCCAGCUGAAGAGGCACAAGGCAGAGGAACCCAAUGCACCAUUUCCUUUUGUUGUGGCCUCGGUAGAAUCUGGACUAUUCAGAAGGAAGAACAGUAAAGAAACUGCUGCAAUGAAAGCUGAUCUCCUAAGGGCCAGGAAUAUGAAAAGGUACAUUAACCAACUGACUGUGGCAAAGAAGCAGUGUGAGAAGAGAAUCCGAAUCCUGGGAGGCCCUGCCUAUGACCAGCAAGACGAGGGGGCCUUGGAUGAGGGAGAAGGGCCUCAAAGCCAGAAGAUUCUUCAGUUUGAAGAUAUCUUGGCUAGUACUUUCUACCGAGAGCACUUUCGAGUAUACAUGGAAAGGAUGGACAAGAGAGCUCUGAUUAGUUUUUGGGAGUCUGUGGAGUAUUUAAAGAGUGCUAACAAGAAUGAAAUCCCUCAAUUAGUUGGCGAAAUUUACCAGAAUUUCUUUGUGGAAAGCAAAGAAAUAUCUGUGGAAAAAUCGCUUUACAAAGAAAUCCAGCAGUGUCUUGUAGGAAAUAAAGGUAUUGAAGUGUUCUGCAAAAUCCAGGGAGAUGUUUAUGAGACCCUAAAGGAUAGGUAUUACCCUUCAUUCAUUGUCAGUGACCUAUAUGAGAAACUGAUGGUAAAAGAGGACGAGAAACAUGCCUCACAGUUGGUUUCCAGCAAGGAUGAACUGGGCCCGGGAGUCGAGGCUGGUGAGGAAGCUAUAGAUGAAGGCACCAGCCGGAUUAAUGAACAAGCCAGCUUUGCUGUAAACAAACUACGAGAACUAAAUGAGAAACUUGAAUAUAAAAGGCAAGCUCUAAGUUCUAUUCAAAAUGCACCAAAACCUGACAAGAAGAUUGUUUUCAAGUUGAAGGAAGAGAUAAUUCUAAUCGAGAAAGAACGCACGGACCUACAGCUGCACAUGGCAAGAACAGAUUGGUGGUGUGAGAACCUCGGAAUGUGGAAGGCCUCCAUCACCAGUGGAGAGGUUACAGAAGAGAAUGGUGAGCAGAUGCCCUGUUACUUUGUCAUGGUAAGCUUACAAGAAGUUGGAGGAGUUGAAACUAAGAACUGGACCGUCCCCAGAAGGCUCAGUGAGUUCCAGAAUUUACACCGGAAACUUAGUGAGUGUUUCCCUUCUUUAAAAAAAGUCCAGUUGCCUUCUCUUAGCAAGCUGCCUUUCAAAUCUAUAGACCACAAGUUCAUGGAAAAGUCAAAGAAUCAAUUAAAUAAGUUUUUACAGAAUCUGCUGUCAGAUGAAAGACUGUGUCAGAGUGAAGCACUUUAUGCCUUUUUGAGCCCUUCUCCUGACUACCUCAAGGUUAUUGAUGUGCCGGGGAAAAAAUCCACUUUUUCAUUAUCCUCAUUUUUGGAGAGACUUCCUCGAGACUUCUUCUCCCAUCAAGAGGAGGAGACAGAAGAGGACAGUGACCUGUCAGAUUAUGGUGAUGAUGUGGAUGGGAGGAAAGACGCCUUGGCUGAACCGUGUUUCAUGUUGAUUGGGGAGAUCUUUGAACUUCGAGGAAUGUUUAAAUGGGUGAGAAGAACAUUAAUUGCUCUCGUUCAGGUCACUUUUGGAAGAACCAUCAACAAACAAAUCCGGGACACAGUGAACUGGAUUUUCAGUGAGCAAAUGUUGGUUUACUACAUCAAUGUUUUCCGGGAUGCUUUUUGGCCAAAUGGGAGAUUGGCGCCAGCGACCACAGUCCGAAGCCAAGAACAAAGUCAGGCAGCAAAACAGAGGGCACAGCAGAAGCUGCUUGAAAACAUUCCAGAUAUGCUUCAGAGCCUUGUUGGACAGCAAAACGCCCGUCAUGGUAUAAUAAAAAUAUUCAAUGCACUGCAAGAAACAAGAGCCAAUAAGCAUCUUUUAUAUGUGCUGAUGGAACUGCUGCUAAUUGAGUUGUGUCCUGAGCUGAGAAGUCAUUUAGAUCAACUAAAAGCUGGUCAAGUUUGAGACUGCACAAAUAAACCACCAGAGAAAUGUCUGUGUAACAAUAGACAUGAAAUACUUCCCUCUUUUCCACAGAGGGCUUGAUUGAGAACCAUAUUGAUUUCUAUGUUAGUUACCUCCCUCUAGUUUUGUGUGACGUGAGCAGAAUUGGUUGGAGGGGGGUACUUAAUGCUGUCAUAGGCAACAGAAAAACACACUUCUGUUCUUAUUGUUUUUAUUUUAAUAAUAUAAAUAAAGUUCAACAUACUGAUUGAAAUACAAAUGUUAAUAUGUGAUAAGAACCUAGGAACUAUUUUAAAUAUUUAUGAAAACAGUUUUGUUUUAAAAUGAAGAACUAUGACUAUUGUACAGUUACUUUCCUCACUGAGGACUCUGAACAUUCCUGUAUUAUUUCAUGUGUAUUGAAGAACAUUGUUGUGCAAUGCUUUGUGGAAAGUUAUCGUGAACAUUUUAUUGUCUUUAUUUUUACCAAAGAUUUCCCAUAGUUUGAAGCAUUUGAAGCAAUAAAAUA